AUGGCCCUGGCGGCCCAAGCACCUCCCCGUCGGCGUCUCCAGCACCUUCGACUUGCGAAGCGCCGAGGCGCUCAGAAGCAGAAGCGGCCAAAACCGCCAAGCAGUCCCGCGCCGGCUACCGUCAGAUGCGAUGUCAGCCUUCCAGCAUGCCAUGAGGCAAGGGAGGAUGUGAAGCAGCAACUGCAUGAUUUGCAGGCCCGGCGUUCGACCAUUUCGGAGGAUCUCAAGGCGCGCACCGCUGUGAAGCGAGCCCUCCCACGGUAUGCUCGCAUCAACAUGCUGGCACCGGGAGUGACCUGGGGCAAGGUACAAAGGGAGCUCCAAAGCAGCGGACAUACCUUUUGGAGGCCGAGCCUGCGCGAAAAGCGGGAAGCCGCCCGUCGUCCCUCUGGACUGGAACCACCUAAAGGCUCUGGCAACAGGAUAUAUUAUAGGGACAUUCACAUCCCGGAAAUGCUUGUGUUCAAGCCCAUGGGCCAGUCCCACACCGAGGACGUGGAGAUGUUUGACCAGGGCUGCCUCAUCUUCCAGCAGAAGGCAUCGGCUUUCCCGGCCCUGGCCUUGCAGCCGCCCUGCGGUGGGCAGGUAAUCGAUGCUUGUGCGGCCCCUGGAUCGAAGACGUCCCAGCUUGCGGCGAUGAUGUGCAACCAAGGGACAAUCUAUGCCUUUGACAGGGAUGGCAAGCGUCUGAAGACCUUGACAAACCUGAUGGAGCAAAGACAUGUGACAUGCGUGGAAGCUCGGGAGAAGGACUUUCUCCAAGUCUCCACACGAGACCCCAAGUACAGCAAGGUGACGCACUUCUUGCUGGAUCCGAGCUGUUCUUCCUCUGGGAUGACAGCGCAGCCCAUCUCCGAUCCUGCGUCUUUGCAGGAACUUGCAACGAAUCAGAAGGCAGUAAUCUUGCAUGCUAUGCGCUUCCCAUCCUGCGAGAGAAUCGCCUACUCGACCUGUUCCGUCCACGAGGAAGAGAACGAGCAGGUCGUGCAACAGGUGCUUGCAAGCGAAGAGGGCAAGCGAUACCAUCUCGAGGAAGCGCUUCCUUGGUGGCCACGGAGGGGCUUGAAGCUGCCGCACUUCCCCGAAGCCGAGCGCUGCGUCCGCAGCGCCUGGGAGGAUCGGACCAUUGGAUUCUUCGUGGCCUUGUUCGCUCGGAGAGAAAAAGAUGCUCAAAUGCUCUUCCCUUCGGCAACCGAUGGGGUGCUUUUUGAUACCUUCAAGCCAGGUGGCGAGAGCCAGGUGAUCAACAGAAUACUUGAGCUGUUCGCCGAAGCAUAUUUCAAGCAGUGGGGACAAAACAAGGAGAAGUCGCUGCCGGAGACGGCAUAUGCAGCCGCAGAUAGCGUGCUUGCAACAGCAUUCAGCUUGAUUAUGCUGAACACCUCCCUUCACGUGGCCUCGAAGAAGGCCAAGUCACCUUCCGCCUCAAUGACUUCCACCGAGUUCGUGGAGAACACACGUCGUGUUGUUAGCGAGCAAGAAGUGCCUGAAGCGGCCUUGCGCCAAUUCUAUGCUGACGUCAAGAAGGCUGAGAUCUCUAUGCAGCCCAUGCCACGCGUGGCCUUUUCGAGACUUCCUGUGCAGCCAGAUAUUGAGGGCUGGCUUAUUGUGUUGCUGGGCGCAGAGGACCAGCGUCGAUUUUGGGCGGUUCUAGCACUUCAGCGCCUGUACCUUUUCUCGGACAAUAGCGAUGUGGAUCCAGCGGAUGCUUGUGAUCUCAAGGACGCCAGCGCUGGCAAGAUCCUUGAUGAUGCCGAUGCGCGGGAGCGGUACCAGGCACUGCAAUCGAGAGGCAAAGGCAAGUGCUUCUGCUUUCCUCGAGGCCGCGGGCUUGUUGACCCGGACACCGAACGGCGUGCCUUUGCAGUCAAUCAGAAGUCUGAUGGCACGUGGCUCUCCAAACUGGGACAUCCCAGUUCACAUUUGAUCCUCGUGCGGCCCCCAAUUGUGCUGCGAGCCAUGUGCUUCUUGUGGUGUUCGUCCUUUUCAUCAGGGGAGUGGUUCCCCCCCUUGCCCCUGCGCCCCAAUCCGCUCUUGUAA